CCUCUAAGUUAAUUCAUUUCACUCAGCUCCAGCUGUCAUUUCUCAGACAUGAUGUGAGAUCUUUAGAUGGACUUUUUGCUGCGGUCACCUCAGUGAGCUGCUGCUUUAUGGAGCGGAGAGGAGGGGCUUCACAUGGAUAUGCCCUCCAGCCCACUGACACCAGCAGGGUUUCAUAGUGGAAGUGGAUGAAGUGAUGCGUGAAGCUGAUGGAUAUGGAGGAUAAGGGAGUCGGGCUUCCCGAGGUCUUCCAUCAGAACGACAGGAGAGCCGUCACAGCAGCAGAGACCCAGGUCGGCUCUGAACAUGAGGCUGUCAUCGGGCUGGACGGCGCUUCUUUACCUGCUGCUCCAUGGAGCUGCUACCUUCUGCACAGUUAAAAAGCCGCCCAGUAACCCUGGAAGGUUUGCCAACGCCACCUUGGUGCGGCUGGCUGACUUCCUGAGCACUGGAUAUAAGAAAGGAGUGAGACCUGUGAAGGACUGGAGGACGUCCACUAUUGUUGCCAUAGACCUCAUGGUUUACUCCAUCCUCAAUGUGGACGAGAAGAACCAGGUAUUGACGACAUAUGUGUGGUACAGACAGUCAUGGACAGAUGAGUUCCUGGUGUGGAACCCAGAGGAUUUUGAUGAAGUCAAGCAAGUCUCCCUGCCUACAGCUAACGUCUGGGUUCCUGACAUUCUCAUCAACGAGUUCGUCGAUGUGGGGAAGUCUCCAGAUAUUCCUUAUGUCUACGUUACACACGAAGGUCUGGUGCAGAACUACAAGCCCAUCCAGGUCGUCACCGCCUGCACACUCAACAUCUACAACUUCCCGUUUGACGUCCAGAAAUGCAGCCUCACCUUCCAGAGCUGGCUCCACACCAUCGAUGACAUCAACAUCACCCUGAUGCGAAGCCCGGAGAAGCUCCGGGACGACAAGAGCGUCUUCAUGAACCAGGGAGAGUGGGAGCUGCUGCACAUUCUGUCCAAUUACAAGAUCUUCAGCGUGGACAACGACGACUACUAUGCAGAGAUGAAGUUCCACGUGGUGAUCCGACGGCGGCCGCUGUUUUACACGGUGAACCUGCUGCUGCCCAGCGUCUUCCUGAUGGUGAUGGACAUCGUUGGUUUCUUUCUGCCUCCAGACAGCGGAGAGAGAGUAUCCUUUAAGAUCACUUUGCUGCUCGGCUACUCGGUCUUCCUCAUCAUCGUAUCCGACACUCUGCCUGCCACAGCCAUCGGGACGCCACUGAUAGGUGUGUACUUCGUGGUCUGCAUGGCUCUCCUGGUGAUCAGCCUAACAGAAACCGUACUGAUUGUACGUCUGGUCCACAAGCAGGAUCUGCAGCCACCCGUCCCCCACUGGGUGAAAUACCUUAUCCUGGAAAGAGCUCCGGUUCUCUUCUGCAUCCACAAAAAGCACCGCUUCUGUGCGAGGCUGUCGUCUCAGGCUUCAGAGCUGGACCGCUCCAAGGAAAACAACUACGGGACGGCCCAGUGCUCCCUCCACCACACCUGUGAGAUAGGCCAGAGGCUCAGCCAGCAGGACAGAGAGAGUGGGAUGCUUGGACUUCGCCUGGCCCCAUCCAGGGACAACACUCCGCCCGUCAUGGACAACAUCCUCCAAGAGGUGAUGGCCAUUCGGCAUUUCCUGGAGAAGAGGGACCGGUGUCGGGAAAUCGCCAAGGAGUGGCUCCAGGUCGGCUACGUGCUGGACGUGCUGCUCUUCAGAGUUUACCUAGUGGCCGUGAUCGCCUACAGCAUCACACUGGGCACUCUGUGGUCGGUCUGGCAGGUGGCCUGAGUUUCGCCCCUCCACCCAGUCAGCGUAGGUCAAUCACAAAUAAGUAUAUCAAGUAUAA